AUGAGUGAAGAGUCCGAGUCUGAAGAAAACAGCGAGGAUCUGAAGUCUGAGGAUAGCAGCGAGGAAUCUGAUCCUGAUGACGAGGACACUGCUGAAUCAGGGACCAGUGAAGAAAAUGGUGUAGAGCAAAACGCAUCAGUUUCGACCAUUCAAAGUGUUCCUAAGUUGAGUGGAUUCAACGUUGAUCAAAAUCUGACUUCCAGUUUUGACGAAGGCUUGGACCAUCAACAAGUUACUGUACAGAUAUGGUAUGAAACAUCUGUGGGACAGGGAGAUGAGGGAUUUAUUGCAAAUUGCAGGCUUUUUUGUAAAGAGAAACAUGUCAUUGAUCUACAUACCAAACACCAUGGUGUUGCGAUUUACCGUGAGAAGUUCAAAUGUGUCCCUUUACGAGCGACAUGUGUCAGACAUCCAGACAGAAAAUACAGAAUGUUCUGUUAUCAAUGUAAUUAUUCCGUGUGUAAGAGCUGUACAGACCAUAGAACACACGCAUUGGUGGAUCUUACAACAAUCUAUCAAACAAAACGAAAACAACACAGAGAAAUCAUUGACAACAUCAGAAGUGAGACUCUCUAUAACUGUCGUGUUCUCCUGGCAGGAAUCCAAACUAAUAUUCAAACUUGUUCCCCACAAAUCUGUCACCAUCAUUCACAGAUGUUCACAAAAGCCGAGGGACUGAAGGAUCUGAUUGACACUGCAGUGUGUGAUGUUAAAAAAAGAUACCGAGGUUUAUUGAUUGAUAGAAUACAACAGCAAAAGAGAAACAUGAACAGACACCUCACUCACAUCCAGAACUAUGAAGACAGAUAUGAACAAUCAGCAAACAGAGCGGUACAAUUCCUCUUGUUUAUAAAGACCAGUCGUGUUCCCCAGAUAAAGGACACCCCUAAUCUGCCACAACAUAUGGUGCUGUCCGUAAGUGAGGGAUUCAACUUGGAGGAUGUGAGUCAGUUCUUGAGGCAAAUCCCACAAAUGCAUAUGACAACAAGAAAACGACAAGUAGGAAUAGACGAGUGUGUGAAACUGAUGUCCACACCUGUAUUACACACGUCUGUCUGUGUGACAGGUGUUAGUCGUGUGUUACACAUAUCUCGUGUGAUGCCAGAUGGUGUCUGGGUGCGCGAUUUUAGCAAACUCAUAUUGACAGAUACAACAGGAGACACUAUACACCGUGUGACAAAUAUAGGAACAUGGUAUGGAUGA